AUGAUACGACUUAUUCAACGUUUACUUAAAUAUACAUCAAUAAAACAUAUUGAUCAUCAAUUAUUAAUUGAUUCAUUGGAGUUCCUUGCUGCACAUCGUGAUUAUAUAGAAAAAUUUCAAGUUAUUGAACUUCAACAAGAAUUAACAACAAUACAACUACAUUUAACUCGUUUUCUUUUCUCCGAUUGUCUUGAAUAUAUGUGA